AUGUCUGGACCAGCACCCAUAGACUUGGAUAAGUCCAAUCCAGGAUCUUCCAUGGUUUCCACCGUGACGACCCCAAACAGGGACACGCCUCCAGUCCAGCUGUCGACCGAAGAUCUGCUCAACAUCCGAUCGGGCUAUCUGCUUCCCGACAAGGGUCUUGGUAAGCCCAAGCAGAAGUCCAUUCCCGAACUCGUCAAGAAAAUCAAACAUCUUUACGGGCUGAGCGACGUUUUUGAGUACUUCCUGAAGUCCAAGGGAGAGUCCGACCCCAAUUACAGAAAGGCCAUGGAACAGGCAAAGGAGGAGCUCGGUCUUAACAAGACCACCGAGAAACCCACCGGUGGCGCGCGACACAGAAAGACCGAGAAGGAAGAAGACGCUGAGCUGAUGCAGGGAGAGGAGGAGGCCGAGAACUCGGUCGAAACCGUCUUCGAGACUUCUCCUGGCUACAUUCAGGGAACUCUGCGAGAGUACCAAGUUCAGGGCCUCAACUGGAUGGUCUCUCUUUAUGAGCAUGGUCUUUCUGGCAUUCUGGCCGACGAAAUGGGUCUUGGUAAGACUCUGCAGACCAUCUCUUUCCUGGGAUACCUUCGAUACUUCCGUGGAAUUCCCGGUCCUCAUUUGGUCUGUGUUCCCAAGUCUACCCUGGACAACUGGGCCCGAGAGUUUGCCAAAUGGACUCCUGAGGUCAACGUUCUUGUUCUUCAGGGAGACAAGGAGGGCCGAGCUCAGCUUAUCCAGGAUCGGCUUCUGACCUGCGACUUUGACGUAUGCAUUACCUCCUACGAGAUGGUUCUUCGAGAGAAGGGAUAUCUGCGACGGUUUGCUUGGCAAUACAUUGUGAUUGAUGAGGCUCAUCGAAUCAAGAACGAGGAGUCUUCUCUGUCACAGAUCAUCCGUCUGUUCCACACCGAAAACCGACUGUUGAUCACCGGUACUCCUUUGCAAAACAACCUGCACGAGCUGUGGGCUCUUCUGAACUAUAUUCUCCCCGACGUGUUCCAGGACUCUGCGGCUUUUGAUGCCUGGUUCGGUGAAGACCAGAGUGGAGACCAGGACGCAGCCGUGAACCAGCUGCAUAAGAUUCUGCGGCCAUUCCUACUCCGACGAGUCAAGGCCGAUGUCGAGAAGUCUCUUUUGCCCAAGAAGGAGAUCAACCUCUACGUUGGCAUGUCCGACAUGCAGGUUAAAUGGUACCAGAAAAUUCUCGAGAAGGACAUUGACGCUGUCAACGGUCAGAUUGGCAAGCGUGAGGGCAAAACCCGGCUUCUCAACAUUGUGAUGCAGCUGCGAAAGUGCUGCAACCAUCCCUAUUUGUUCGAGGGUGCCGAGCCUGGACCUCCUUACACCACUGAUGAGCAUCUUGUCUACAAUGCUGGCAAGAUGGUGAUUCUCGACAAGCUUCUGAAGCGAAUUCAGGAGCAGGGAUCUCGUGUUCUUAUCUUCUCCCAGAUGAGUCGAGUCCUUGAUAUUCUUGAGGAUUACUGUCUGUUCCGAGGUUACAAGUAUUGUCGAAUUGAUGGUCAGACUGCGCAUGAGGACCGAAUCAACGCCAUUGAUGCCUACAACAAGGAGGGAUCCGAGAAGUUUGUGUUCUUGCUGACAACUCGAGCUGGUGGUCUCGGUAUCAAUUUGACUACUGCCGACCAAGUUGUCCUUUACGACUCUGACUGGAACCCUCAAGCUGAUCUUCAGGCCAUGGAUCGAGCUCAUCGAAUUGGACAAACCAAGCAGGUUUAUGUCUACCGAUUCAUUACUGAAAACGCUGUCGAGGAGAAGGUCAUCGAGCGAGCUACACAGAAGCUGCGUCUGGACAAGCUGGUUAUUCAGCAAGGCCGAUCGCAAUCCAAAGUCAACAACAACGCCCAGAACAAGGAUGAUCUGCUUAAUAUGAUUCAAUUUGGUGCCGAGAAGGUGUUCAACCGAGGAAAGGGCGAGGAACAGGAGGAGGCUGAUCUUGAUAUUGACGACAUUCUCAAGCGAGGCCAGCAGAAGACUAUGGAGCUCAACUCCCGUUACGACUCUCUUGGUCUUGAUGAUCUGCAAAAGUUCACUUCCGAUUCUGCCUACGAAUGGAACGGAGAGGAUUUCAAGAAGAAGGACACCAGCAAGACUAACAAGCCCUUCGUGUGGAUUGCACCCAACAAGCGUGAGCGAAAGGAAAACUACUCCAUCGACUCGUACUACCGAGAAAUGCUUAACCAGGGCGCUGCUGCGGGCAAGAACGCUGCGCCCAAGGCCCCCAAGGCCCCCAAGCAGCUGAACAUCCAGGACCAUCAGUUCUACCCCCAGCGACUUAUCGACAUUCAGGAGAAGGAGACUUCUUACUACCGAAAGCAAAUUGGUUACAAGGUGCCUCUUCCCGAUGGAGCUGAAGAAGAGCUUGAGAUGCGAGAGAGCGAGCGAGAUCUUGAGCAGCAGGAGAUUGACAACGCCGAGCCUCUCACCGAGGAGGAAGAGGAGGAGAAGGUAGACCUGUCCACUAAGGGUUUCUCCAACUGGAACCGACGAGAUUUCACAAAUUUCAUCCAGGCUUCGGCGCGUCAUGGUCGAAACAACUUUGCUGCCAUUGCCACAGAGUUCGAGGACAAGACCCAAGCCGAUAUCAAGAAGUACGCUGGCGUGUUCUGGCAACGAUACACUGAGAUCAACGGCUUUGACAGAUACAUUCAGCAGAUCGAGGCAGGUGAGGACAAGGCCAAGAAGCAGAACCAUCAAAACACUCUUCUAACCCGAAAGGUGGAGGGCUAUGAGGCCCCUCUACAGCAGAUGGUCAUUGUCUACCCUGCAGGCCAGAAGAAAAUCUACUCUGAGGACGAGGAUCGGUAUAUUCUGGUUCAACUCUACAGGUACGGCCUUGAGACUGAGGGUGUUUAUGAGAUGAUCCGAGACGCCAUUCGAGCAUCACCCGUGUUCCGAUUCGACUGGUUCUUCCUGUCGAGGACUCCUGCAGAGCUUGCGCGACGAGGCCAGACUCUGCUUUCUUACGUUGGUAAAGAGUACGAUGGUGCUGGCGAGAAGCGAAAAUCGUCUUCCACCCCCGACGUCGAGACUCCCAAAAAGUCUGCCAAGAAGAAGAAGGCGUAG